UCCCGCGACUAGCAGCGCCUUGAGCCAGACCACCACCACCCGAGUCCGAGUCCGCGCGGCGCGAAUCUCGAUAUCCCGUUUCCACGCCUCCGGCCGCCGUCCACCCUACGACCCGACCCCCGAUACGAACCGUUUUCUCUCCCGUCCUCCGACGUCCCCGCGGUUCGCCUAUUACCACGACGCCUGAUUAACUUCACUGGCGACGACGACGGUCCAUACCUCAACAACCCAUAUACCAAAAAAAAGCGAAGAUACCUAUCCCAUAAUACAACAAAACAACAACCGCCAAAAAAUGUCAUCAAAACUCCCCACCACCCUCCUCCGCCGCCCUUCGGCCCUCCCCUCCACCACCACAUACACCGCCUACUCGGCCUCUCGUCCAACGCCGCCAUCAUGCACCGCCCACGCCCAAGGCCAACAAAUCCGUAACGCAACCUUUGUCCCCCGCCACCGUCGCCCCUACCAAUUCACCCAGCUGGUCCAGCUCUCCGACGGCAGCACCUUCACGGUGCGCACCACCAUGCCCACGGCCCUGUACAAGAGCGCCAAGGACAGCCGCAACCACCUGCUGUGGCAACCCUCCGACAAGUCGCUCAAGAACGUCGAGCUGGACGAGGCCGGUAAGCUGGCCGCCUUCCGCGAGAGAUAUGGUCGCGGGUGGGAUCUGGAUGCGAAGAUGACGCCGGAGGAGGAGGCUGCUGCCGCUCUUGCGGCUGCUGGUGGUGCUGGUGUUCCUGGUGGCAAGGCUGCUAAGAAGGCGGCUGAGGAGGCGUUGUUGGCUAAGAAGAAGAAGGAGGAGGAGGAAGAGGCUGCUAAGAAGGCCGCUGAGGCUGAGGAGGCUGAUCCUUUCGAUUCUUUGACGGAUUUGAUCAGUGGGUAUGCUACGGAGAACAUGAACCCUGGGUUGAAUUUCAAGGAAACUCGUCAUCAUGGCAAGAAGAAGUAAAUGGAGGAGC